CAGCGCGCAGUGGCCGAUCGUCCUCGGGCAAGUCCAAGCGCUCCGGCUCGGGAAAGGGCCGCAAGGGCAAGCACCAGGGCUCCACCCCUGCCCCUGAGGCCCUGGUGGAGGACCAGGAGGCCUGGCCGGCAGAUGAGACUCCGGAGGGAAGUAUUCCAGUAACGCCUGUGAUUGUAGAAGACGGGGACACCUACACCAUAGGCAUGAGGGGGCUGUUUAAGACGCGGGUGUCUCUGACCGGGGUGUCCGAGGCCAGUUGGACGGAGGAGAACGACAAGGCGUUGGAUAAGUUCAUCGCCGACAGCUCCAUCAGAAUCAUGGUCGUCUACUCCGACCCCUUCUCCGGACUACGGGUGGAGUACGCCAUUCCGUCUCAGGUGGUGGAGCAGCUGGCCUUCUUCAUCCGCUCGUCGGAGGUGCCCAUCCUAGAGGAGGGCUUUGAGAGCGCCGUGCAGUUUGGCAGCGUCCGGGGCAACGCCACCGAGAGCCUGCUGCGGACGAUGAACGGCGUGCACGCCCCCCAGGUGACCCUGAGCACCGCCUGGCCCGAGAGCAUCAAGAACAACUACUCCGCCCACAUGCACCGCUUCCUCACCAACCUCACAGACACCAGAUUCAAACUGAUGGGGAACACAGUGCUGUACAUCCCCAUGGAGGCCAUGCACUACAGCCCUGAGGUGGCCAGCAAAGACAAGGAGCUGGUGCAUAGACUGGAAAUGGUGAUGAUCCACUGGACGCGUCAGAUCAAGGAGGUGCUGAACGCCCAGGAGACGGUGGAGACAGGCGACAGCUCGGGCCCCCUGGAGGAGAUCUCCUUCUGGAAGAGCCGCUGUGCUGACCUGUCCGGCAUCAGCCAGCAGCUGCAGAAGCCGGGGGUCAGGCACAUCCAGGCCACCCUGCAGCUCUGCAAGUCCUCCUACGUCCCCCCCUUCUGCAAGCUGGCCCAGCAGAUACAGGACGGCUCCCUCCAAGCCCAGUCCAACCUGUCCUUCCUGUCCCUGCUGAGGGAGCCGUGCGAGGAGAUGGCCCAGCUGAAGCCCAGGGAGGUGGCCCCCAAGCUGGCUCACGUCCUCAACCUCAUACGCCUCAUCUGGGUCAACUCGGACCACUACAACACCCGCGAGAGGCUCACCUCUCUGUUCCGCAAGAUGAGUAAUGAGAUCAUCCGGCUGUGCUGCAGAGCCAUCUCUCUGGACAGGAUCUUCCAGGGCUAUGUGGUCUCCAGCAAACAGAACCUGGAAGACUGCAUCCAGUGCUGCCUGGCCUGGACAGGGCUGUACAUGCACGCCUCACAGCUGCACCACAGGUAUUCCACCAAAGGCUGGGUCCUGGACACCAGCAUCUUUGCACUUGUUGAUGCUUUUGUACAGAGGUGCAAAGACUUGCUGGAGGUGUGUGACUGCCAGCAGCAGUUUGCCCGGCGAGAGGAGGGCACUCAGAGGCCCCUGCCCUGCUUCGCCGGGCGCCAGGGGUCCGAGGUCACCCGCAGCCUGCUGGAGAUGGAGGCCACCUUCGAGCGCAGCCUGCAGGGGCUACGCUCCGUCUCCAAGGGCAUCCUGGACGUCAAGAACACCUCCUGGCACGACGACUACAACAGGUUCCGUGCAGGGGUGAAGGAUCUGGAGGUGAUGAUGCAGAACCUGAUCAGCUCAGCCUUUGAUACAGUGAACACAGUGGAGGAAGGAGUUCAGCUGCUUGAAGUCUUCCAACACCUGUCUGCCCGAGAGGCCAUCAAGAGGACCAUAGACAGGAAGACGGUGGUGGUGUACGCUCUGUUCAACAAGCAGCUCAACCUGGUGAACAAGGAGCUGAGCAGGAAGGCCUUCCACACGGCGGCACACAUGCCCCAGCACGCCGGCCAGGCCCACUGGGCCCGCGCCCUCCGCAGACGCAUCGAGAGGCCCAUGGAGGUACUGGACCGCGCCCACUUCAUGUCCCAGACGGGCAGCGGGGAGGAGGUGCGUCUGGCGUACGGCCAGCUGGUGCAGACCCUGGACGAGCUGGUGAGGAGGAUCUUCGGUGAGUGGAGCCAGAGUCUGGACCGCCACAGUCUGAAGAGGCUGGACCAGCCCCUGGUGACGCGCUGCAAGGAGAAGGCUGGCAUGCUGGACAUCAACUUUGACAAGAACCUGCUGAAGAUGUUCAAUGAGAUCCAGUACUGGGAGCGCCUGCUGUUUGAGAUCCCCCACUAUGUGUCUGACGUGUACCAGCGCAGAGAGGACCUCCGGGCCAUGAGGGAGAGUGUCCUGCUGGUGGUGCGAGACUACAACAGGAUCAUCGCGUCGCUGUCUGCUGACGAGCUGGGUCUGUUCCGGGAGCGGAUUCGCUUCCUGGAUAAGAAGAUCCAGCCGGGCCUCUCCAAGCUGCUCUGGUCCUCCAAAGGAGCCUCCAACGUCUUCAUCAGCGACUGCCGCCUCCACGCCAGCAAGAUCCAGUUGAUAGUGGACGAGUACAAGGCGGCCAACCUGGCCAUCGAGCGGCACUGUGGGCAGAUCAGCGAGCUGCUGCUGGUGCGUGUGGAUGGGAGGACGGUGUACCGCGACCUGGAGUUUGAGGCCGACCAGCUGGCCCACCAGCAGAGCCGGCUCCAGAGGCUGCGCUCCGCUCACCAGGACAUCGUCAGCAUCAUGGCCCGCGUCUACGAGACCUUCCGUACAGACGGGGCUGAGGUCCAGCAGUACUGGGUGACCUACACUGAGAAGAUGGACAGCAUCGUGGAGGAGGCGCUGCGCUACAACAUCAAGGGCUCCCUACAGGAGCUCUCUAAGGCGGUUAAUGGGGACAGCAAGACCUCCCCCAACCCCCUCUUCAGGGUGCAGGUGGUGCUGAGGCAGGAGGCUCCAGGGGCCCCCUCACAGGUGGAGUUCUCCCCCACACUGCAGAAGCUGGCUCAGAUAGUGAACAACAUCAGCUCCCAGCUCAUCAGCACCAUCUCCGUGUUCAAACGCCUCCCUGACCUCCUGACCCGCAAACGCUCACAGAAGAAGCCUGUGCACAGUAUCAUCGAGCAGGAUGAGGAGAUAGGGAAGACAGGCGCGGUGGCGGCGGGAAUGACGGCCAACGCUGCCAACCUGCAGGCCUACCUGAAGACCUGGGACAAGCACCGGGAGAUCUGGGAGAUCAACAAGGACCCCUUCAUACGCCGCUACCAGCGCCUCAACCCCCCCGUGUCCUCCUUCGACGCUGACAUCGCCAGGUACACAGAGGUGGCCAACAACGUCCAGAAGGAGGAGACGGUGCUGAGUGUUCAGUUUGUGCUGCUGGACUGCGCCCCCCUCAAGUUCUCCCUGGUGCAGCACUGUAACGAGUGGCAGGGCAAGUUCACCCAGCUGCUCAGUCUCAUGGCCGGCACUCGUCUCAGAGAGCUGCACGCCUUCCUGCAGGACAACGCUCACAGGUUGAGCCAGCCUCCCCUGACCCUGGUGGAGCUGGGUGAGAGUCUGAAGCUGCUGGAGAGCCUGCAGUCAGACCUGGGGAGGAUCCAGGCUCAGAUCCCCCCCAUCCACGAGCAGUUCACCAUCCUGGAGAAGUACGAGGUCACCGUGGACCAGCCUGUGCAGGAGAUGCUGGAGGCCCUGAAUGGGGAGUGGCUGUGGUUCCAGCAGGUGGUGAUCGACAGCGACGUCAUGCUGAAGAAGCACAAGGACAAGUUCAAGAGCGGCCUGAUCUACUCUGCUGAGGACUUCAAGAAGAAGAUGCACACCAGCAUCCAGGACUUCAGCACCUCAGGUCCGUUUGGCAGCGCGGGGUCCUGUGAGUCAGCCCUGGAGCAGGUGGCUGCUCUGAGGGCCCAGCUGGAACUGCUGAAGGAAGAAGAGGGCGUCAUCCGCCACGGCCUCAGCAUCUUCAAGAUAGAGCAGCCGCUCUCCAAGGACGUCCAGACCCUGGAGAAGGACCUGGACCACCUGCAGCAGGUAUGGGAGAUCAGCCAACAGUGGGACUCCCACUGGGACGAGUGGAAGGCCGGUCAGUUCUGCAGCCUGCAGACAGAGCACAUGGAGAGCACGGCCCAGACCAUGUUCAAGAAGCUACACAAGCUCAGCCGAGAGCUCAAGGAUAGACAGUGGGAGAUUGUGGAAUUCUCCAAGAACAGGAUCGACCAGUUCAAGAGGACCAUCCCUCUCAUCUCAGACCUGAAGAACCCUGCCAUAAGAGACAGACACUGGGAGCAGAUCAGGCACGAGCUGCAGCGGUCGUUCGACCACACCAGUCCAGACUUCACCCUGGAGAAGAUCGUGGCGCUCGGGAUGGACCAGCACGCUGAGCGCAUAGCCGAGAUCUCCGGAGCGGCCAGCAAGGAGCUCUCCAUAGAGCAGGGCCUGGAGAGCAUCGCUAAGACCUGGGAGGAGACGGUCCUGGACAUCACCCCGUACAAGGACAAGGGUCACCACAGGCUGAGGGGAACAGAGGAGGUGUUCCAGGCUCUGGAGGACAACCAGGUGACCCUGUCCACCAUGAAGGCGUCCCGCUUCGUCAGGGCGUUUGAGAAGGAGGUGGACCGCUGGGAGCGCUGCCUCUCCCUGGUGCUGGAGGUCAUCGAGAUGAUCCUCACCGUGCAGAGACAGUGGAUGUACCUGGAGAACAUCUUCCUGGGGGAGGACAUCAGGAAGCAGCUGCCUCGUGAGUCCACAGAGUUUGAUGACAUCAACUCCAGUUGGAAGACCAUCAUGGACCGCCUCAACAAGGACACCAACGCCUUGAGGGGAACGCACCACCCAGGUCUACCAGAGAAGCUGUCGGAGAUGAACAACAAGCUGGAGGAGAUCCAGAAGUCUCUUGACAUGUACCUGGAGACCAAGCGCCAGAUCUUCCCCCGGUUCUACUUCCUGUCCAACGACGACCUGCUGGAGAUCCUGGGCCAGUCUCGCCACCCCGAGGCCGUGCAGCCGCACCUCAAGAAGUGCUUUGACAACAUCAAGAGCCUGCGUAUCGCCAAGGUGGGGAUCAGCAAGUCAGAGGCCAACGGGAUGUUCUCCGCUGAGGGGGAGUUUGUUGACCUCACCCACCCUGUCCUGCUGGAGGGGCCAGUAGAGGCGUGGCUCUGCGACGUGGAGAGGAACAUGCGCUGGACUCUGAAGGAGUCCCUGAAGAACUGUCGCACGGCCCUGAAGAAGAUGACGGGGAAGAGGGACAAGUGGGUGAAGGACUGGCCUGGACAGAUGCUCAUCACCUCUAGCCAGAUCCAGUGGACCGCCGACGUCACCAAGGCCCUCCUCACGGGCAAGGACAAGGGCGACAAGUCUGCCCUCAAGUCCAUGAAGAAGAAACAGGUGUCCAUGCUGCACCGCUACUCCGAGGCCAUCCGGGGGAACCUCUCCAAGAUCCUGCGUCUGAAGAUCGUGGCGCUGGUCACCGUGGAGGUGCACGACCGCGACGUCAUUGACAAGCUGGCCAAGACCGGCUGCAACGACGUCAACGCCUUCGACUGGCUCAGCCAGCUCCGCCUCUACUGGGAGAAGGAAGUGGAUGACUGCAUCAUUAGACAGACCAACACACACUUCAAGUACGGAUACGAGUACCUGGGCAACUCUGGACGGCUCGUCAUUACUCCUCUCACUGACAGGUGUUACAUGACCCUGACCACGGCGCUGCACCUGCACCGUGGCGGCUCCCCCAAGGGCCCUGCAGGGACGGGGAAGACAGAGACGGUGAAGGACCUGGGCAAGGCUCUGGGCAUGUACGUCAUCGUGGUCAACUGCUCCGAGGGGCUGGACUUCAAGUCCAUGGGCCGCAUGUACUCCGGACUGGCUCAGACGGGGGCAUGGGGCUGUUUCGAUGAGUUCAACCGUAUCAACAUCGAGGUGCUGUCCGUGGUGGCCCAGCAGAUCCUGUCCAUCCUGUCUGCUCUGGCCGCUGCAGCCACCAGCUUCAUCUUCGAGGGACGAGAGAUACGCCUGGUCUGGUCCUGCGGCAUCUUCAUCACCAUGAACCCUGGCUACGCUGGUCGUACAGAGCUGCCUGACAACCUCAAGUCCAUGUUCAGACCCAUCUCCAUGGUGGUGCCCGACUCCACCCUCAUCGCUGAGAUCACCCUGUUUGGAGAGGGCUUCAACAACUGCAAGGUCCUAGCUAAGAAGGUGUUCACCCUCUACUCCCUGGCUGUUCAGCAGCUGUCUAAGCAGGACCACUAUGACUUUGGCCUGCGAGCCCUCACCUCCCUGCUCCGCUACGCCGGCAAGAAGAGACGCGUCUGCCCCGACGUCGCCGGCGAGGAGAUCCUGCUGAUGUCGAUGAAGGACAUGAACAUGGCCAAGCUCGCCACCAUCGACCUGCCGUUGUUCAACGGCAUCAUCCAGGAUCUCUUCCCCGGAGUGGAAUCCCCUACCAUCGACUACGGAAAGUUGAGGGAGACCAUCGAGGCGGAGCUGAUCCAGAGUGGGCUGCAGGUCACGCCCUUCACCCUGACCAAGGUCAUCCAGCUGUACGAGACCAAGAACUCCCGCCACUCCACCAUGAUCGUGGGCAAGACGGGCUGCGGCAAGAGCGUGACCUGGAGGACCCUGCAGAGCACCCUGGCCACCAUGCACCGCCAAGGAGAGCCUGGCUUCAACCUGGUCCGGGAGUGCCCUCUGAACCCCAAGGCAGUGAGCCUUGGAGAGCUGUAUGGCGAGUACGACCUCUCCACCAACGAGUGGACGGACGGAGUGCUGUCCUCUCUCAUGAGAGGAGCCUGCGCAGACGAGAAGCCGGACGAGAAGUGGAUCGUGUUCGACGGGCCCGUGGACACGCUGUGGAUCGAGAGCAUGAACUCGGUGAUGGACGACAACAAGGUGCUGACGCUGAUCAACGGGGAGAGAAUCUCCAUGCCAGAGCAGGUGUCCCUGCUGUUUGAGGUGGAGGACCUAGCGGUGGCGUCCCCAGCCACGGUGUCUCGUUGUGGGAUGGUCUACAACGACUACUCUGACCUGGGCUGGAAGCCCUUCGUCCAGUCCUGGCUGGACAGACGCAAUAAGGGGGAGGUGGAGCACCUGCAGCGUCUGUUUGACAAGUACGUAGAGAAGACGGUGGCGUUCAGGAGGAGCAGCUGUAAAGAGCUGGUCCAAAUCACCGAGCUCAACGGAAUCUCCUCCCUCUGUCGCCUCUACGACUCUCUGGCCACGCCCGCCAACGGGGUCAACCCCGGUGACUCUGACAACUAUGGUCGCAUGGUGGAGUUGUGGUUCAUCUUCAGCCUCGUCUGGUCGGUGUGCGCCUCUGUGGACGAGGACGGCCGCAAGAAGAUGGACAACUUCCUCAGGGAGAUGGAGGGCACCUUCCCUAACAAGGACACCAUCUAUGAAUACUAUGUGGAUUCUAAGAACAAGACAUGGACUUCCUUUGAGGACAAACUGCCCAAGGGCUGGCGCUACGCCGCCAACGCUCCCUUCUACAAGAUCAUGGUGCCCACGGUGGACACGGUGCGCUACAACUUCCUGGUGCGUGCGCUGGUGGCGGGCCGCUACCCGGUGCUGCUGACGGGCCCAGUGGGGACGGGGAAGACCUCGGUGGUCCAGAGCGUCUUGCAGGCCCUGGAGCCCUCCCAGUGGACCACGCUCACCGUCAACAUGUCCUCCCAGACCACCUCCAACAACGUGCAGGCCAUCAUCGAGAGCCGCGUGGAGAAGAGGACCAAGGGUGUGUACGUGCCGGUGGGGGGGAAGCGCAUGCUGACCUUCCUGGACGACCUGAACAUGCCGGCGCUCGACAACUUUGGCUCCCAGCCCCCCCUGGAACUCCUGCGCCUCUGGAUCGACUACGGCUUCUGGUACGACCGCCAGAAACAGACCCUCAAGUGUGUCAAGGACAUGUUUCUGCUGGCAUCAAUGGGGCCCCCUGGUGGAGGGAGGACCCACAUCUCUGGUCGCCUGCAGAGUCGCUUCAACCUCAUCAACAUGACCUUCCCUGCUGAGUCCCAGAUAAGGCGUAUCUACGGCACCAUGAUCAACCAGAAGCUGCAGGAGUUUGAGGAGGAGGUGAAGCCCAUCGGAGGCGUCCUGACCCAGGCCACCCUGGAGCUCUACUACGCCAUCACCACCCGCUUCCUGCCCACCCCCGCCAAGAUCCACUACCUGUUCAACCUCAGGGACAUCUCCAAGGUGUUCCAGGGCUUACUGAGGGCUCACAGGGACUUCCAUGACACCAAGCACAGCAUCACCAGACUGUGGAUCCACGAGUGCUUCAGGGUGUUUUCUGAUCGCCUGGUGGACCAGAGUGACUUGGAGACGUUCGUGAGCCUGAUUUCAGAGAAACUGGGCUCUCUGUUUGACCUCACCUUCCACAGCAUCUGCCCCAACAAACAACCGCCUAUCUUUGGUGACUUCCUGAAGGAGCCCCGUGUGUACGAGGACCUGUUGGACUUCAGGACCCUGAAGAGCUUCAUCGAGACCCAGCUGGAGGACUACAACCUGACCCCCGGGGUGGUUCCCAUGAGCCUGGUGCUGUUCAGAGACGCCAUCCAACACAUCACGCGUGUGGUGCGUGUGAUCAGCCAGCCCCGGGGCAACAUGCUGCUGGUGGGCAUCGGAGGCUCCGGCAGACAGAGCCUGUCCAGGAUGGCCUCCUACAUGUGUGAAUACCUUACGUUCCAAGUGGAGGUCACCAAGCAGUACCGCAAGCAGGAGUUCAGAGAUGACAUCAAGAACCUCUACCGCAUGACCGGCGUGGAUAACAAGCCCACCGUGUUCCUGUUCAACGACACCCAGAUCGUGGACGAGUCCUUCCUGGAGGACAUCAACAACGUGCUGAGCUCCGGGGAGGUGCCCAACCUCUACAAGCAGGACGAGUUCGACGAGGUGUGCAGUGCCCUGUCGGACUCAGCCAGGAAGGACAACGUCAUGGAGACCCCAGAAUCCAUGUUCAACUACCUGAUUGAGAGAGUCAGGAACAACCUGCACAUAGUGCUCUGUAUGAGCCCUGUGGGAGACCCCUUCAGGAACUAUAUCCGCCAGUAUCCGGCGCUGGUCAACUGCACCACCAUCGACUGGUUCUCUGAGUGGCCCAGAGACGCCCUGCUGGAGGUGGCUGAGAGGUACUUAGACGGAAUGGCUCUGGGCGCUGUGGAAGGGAUCCAGACCAAGGUGGCCAGUGUGUUUGUGACCAUGCACCAGUCAGUGGCCCUGUUCUCCAAGAUGAAACUGGAGCUCAAGAGACACAACUAUGUCACCCCCACCAACUACCUGGAGCUGGUGUCUGGGUACAAGAAGCUCCUGGGGGAGAAGCGUGAGGAGCUGGGGGAGCAGGUCUCCAAGCUGCGUAACGGCCUGUUCAAGAUCGACGACACGCGCGUCAAGGUGGAGGCCAUGUCUGUGGAGCUGGAGGAGGCCAAGAAACAGGUGGCCGAGUUUCAGAAGCAGUGUGAGGAAUACCUGGUCAUCAUCGUGCAGCAGAAGAGAGAGGCCGACGAGCAGCAGAAGGCUGUGAGUGCCCACAGUGAGAAGAUCGGGGCGGAGGAGAUCAAGUGCAAGGCCCUGGCCGAGAACGCUCAGAGAGACCUGGAUGAAGCCCUGCCUGCUCUGGAGGAGGCUAUGAAGGCUCUGGAGUCCCUGAAUAAGAAGGACAUGACGGAGAUCAAGUCGUACGGGCGCCCCCCAGCCCUGGUGGAGACGGUCAUGCAGGCUGUCAUGAUCCUCCGAGGAAACGAGCCCACCUGGGCCGAGGCCAAGAGACAGCUGGGUGAGUCUAACUUCAUCAAGCAGCUGGUCCACUUUGACAAGGACAACAUCUCGGACCGCGUCCUGAAGAAGAUCGGGCAGUAUUGCACCCAGCCAGACUUCCAGCCUGAGAUCAUUGGCAGGGUCUCCGGCGCUGCCAAGUCCCUUUGCAUGUGGGUCAGGGCCAUGGAGGUGUACGGCCGUAUCUCCAGGGUGGUGGAGCCCAAGCGCGCCAGGCUGAAUGGAGCCAUGUCUCAGCUGGCAGAGAAGCAGGCCUCGCUGGCAGAGGCCCAGGCCAAGCUGAGAGAGGUGGGGGAGAAGCUGGACCUUCUGAAGAGGCAGUAUGAUGAGAAGCUUGCCCAGAAGGAGGAGCUGAGGAGGAAGUCUGAGGACAUGGAGCUCAAACUGGACCGAGCCGCCAAGCUGGUGUCUGGCCUGGCUGGGGAGAGGGGCCGCUGGGAGGAGACCGUGGUGGGUCUGGAGAAGAACAUGGGUUACCUGGUAGGAGACUGCCUGCUGGCUGCAGCCUUCCUGUCCUACAUGGGCCCCUUCCUGUCCCACUACAGAGACGACCUGGUCUCCAACAUCUGGAUGAAGAAGGUGCGUGAGUUAGAGAUCCCGUUUUCUCCAGGGUUCAGCUUCUGCGUGUUCCUGUCCAAGCCCACGGCCGUCCGGGACUGGAACAUCCAGGGCCUGCCCUCCGACGCCUUCUCCACGGAGAACGGAGUCAUCGUUACCCGUGGCAACCGAUGGCCGCUCAUGGUGGACCCCCAAGGCCAGGCUCUGAAGUGGAUCAAGAACAUGGAGAAGAAGAGAGGUCUGAAGAUAAUCGACCUGCAGAUGCCCGACUUCCUGCGCGUCCUGGAGAACGCGGUCCAAUUCGGUUCUCCGGUUCUGCUGCAGAACGUCCAGGAAGAACUCGACCCCUCGCUGGCCCCCAUCCUCAACAAGUCGGUCACGCGCGUCGGGGGCAGGCUGAUCCUGAAGCUUGGCGAUAAGGAGGUGGAGUACAGUCCAGAGUUCCGUUUCUACGUCACCACCAAGCUGUCUAACCCUCACUACACCCCUGAGAUCUCCACCAAGACCACCAUCGUCAACUUCGCUGUCAAGGAGCAGGGCCUGGAGGCCCAGCUCCUGGGCAUCGUGGUGAGGAAGGAGCGUCCGGACCUGGAGGAGCAGAAGGACUCCCUGGUCAUCAACAUCGCCUCGGGCCGCAGGAAGCUGCAGGAGCUGGAGGACGAGAUCCUCAGGCUGCUGAACGAGGCGACAGGCUCGCUGCUGGAUGACGUCCAGCUGGUGAACACCCUGCAGACGUCCAAGGUGACAGCCACCGAGGUGUCAGAGCAGCUGGAGACCAGCGAGCUGACCGAGAUCAAGAUAGACACGGCCAGGGAGGCCUACCGGCCCUGCGCCCAGCGCGCCUCCAUCCUGUUCUUCGUGCUGAACGACAUGGGCCGCAUCGACCCCAUGUACCAGUUCUCCCUGGACGCCUACAUAGACCUGUUCAACCUGAGCAUGGAGAAGAGCCCUCGCAGCCACAAGCUGGAGGAGCGCAUCACCAACCUCAACGACUACCACACCUACGCCGUCUACAGGUUCACGUGCCGGGGGCUGUUUGAGUGCCACAAGCUGCUGUUCAGCUUCCAGAUGUGUGCUAAGAUCCUGGAGGUGUCGGGGAAGCUGAACAUGGACGAGUACAGCUUCUUCCUGCGCGGAGGCCUGGUCCUGGAUAAGGAGGGUCAGAUGGACAACCCCUGCUCCACCUGGCUGGCUGACUCCAACUGGGACAAUGUGACCGAGCUGGACAAGCUGACCAACUUCCACGGCCUCAUGGCCUCCUUCGAGCGCAGCCCCCGGGACUGGAACCUGUGGUACACCAACGCUGAGCCUGAGAGCGCCCCACUGCCUGGUGAGUGGGAGAACAUGUGCAAUGAGCUUCAGAGGAUGCUGCUGGUGCGCUCCCUGCGUCAGGACCGCGUGUCCUUCUGCGUCACCUCCUUCAUCAUCAACAACCUGGGCCCCCGCUUUGUGGAGCCGCCCGUCCUCGACAUGAAGGCUGUGGUAGAGGACUCCACCACCAGGACCCCCCUGAUAUUCGUGCUGUCUCCGGGGGUGGACCCCACUGGGGGGCUGCUGCAGCUGGCUGAGACCUCUGGCAUGGGCAGGAACUUCCACGCCCUCUCGCUGGGCCAGGGCCAGGCGCCCAUCGCCACGCGCAUGAUCAAGGAGGGCGUCAAGAACGGUCACUGGGUGUUCCUGGCUAACUGCCACCUGUCGUUGUCCUGGAUGCCCCAGCUGGACAAGCUGGUGGAGCAGCUGCAGGUGGAGGAGCCUCACCCUGACUUCCGCCUGUGGCUCAGCUCCUCCCCCCACCCUGACUUCCCCAUCGCCAUCCUGCAGGCCGGCAUCAAGAUGACCACCGAGCCCCCCAAGGGAGUGAAGGCCAACAUGAAGCGUCUGUACCAGCUGGUGACGGAGUCCCAGUUCUCUGGCUGCGCCCGGCCGCUCCUCUACCGCAAGCUGCUGUUCUCCCUCUGCUUCUUCCACAGCAUCCUGCUGGAGAGGAAGAAGUUCCUGCAGCUGGGCUGGAACAUCAUCUACGGCUUCAACGACUCCGACUUUGAGGUGAGUGAGAGUCUGAUGAGCCUCUACCUUGACGAGUACGAGGACAUCCCCUGGGACGCCCUCAAGUACCUCAUCGCCGGGGUCAACUACGGAGGUCACGUGACGGACGACUGGGACCGCCGGCUGCUCACCACCUACAGCAACGACUACUUCUGCGAGGCCACCGUGGCCACGCCCUUCUUCAAGCUGUCGUCCCUCCCCACCUACUACAUCCCCCGGGACGGGCCGGCCUCCUCCUACAGGGAGUACAUCAGCCUGCUGCCCCCCACGGAGCACCCCGAGGUGUUCGGCCAGCACCCCAACGCCGACAUCGCCAGCCAGAUCGCCGACACGCGGACGCUGUUCGACACGCUGCUGUCCCUGCAGCCCCAGGUCACCAGCUCCUCGUCCUCGGGGGGCGGGCUCAGCCGGGAGGACCUGGUGUUGGAGAUAGCAGCAGACGUGCGUCAGAAGCUCCCGCCCCAGAUAGACUACGAGGGCACCAGGACCCUGCUCCAGGACGACCCUUCCCCCCUCAACGUGGUGCUGCUGCAGGAGAUCCAGAGAUACAACGCCCUGCUGCACACCAUCAGGUCGUCUCUGGUUGAGCUGGAGAAGGGUGUUAAGGGUUUGGUGGUGAUGUCCCAAAGUCUGGAGGAAACCUUCAACUACAUCUUCGACGCCCGCGUGCCACCUCUUUGGGCAAAAGCCUACCCGUCCCUCAAGCCGCUGGCGUCCUGGACCAGGGACCUGUGCCAGCGCGUGGAGCAGUUUGGGCGCUGGGCAGAGACGGCCCACCCCCCCACCCUGUUCUGGCUGGCAGGCUUCACCUUCCCCACGGGCUUCCUGACGGCCGUGCUGCAGUUCUCCGCACGCCAGCACAACGUGUCCGUGGAUACUCUGUCCUGGGAGUUCAUUGUGUCCAUGGUGGACGAUAACUACCUGCUGUUCCCUCCUAAGGACGGGGUGUUUAUCCGGGGGCUGUACCUGGAAGGGGCUGGCUGGGACAAGAAGAACUCCUGUCUGGUGGAGGCUGAGCCCAUGCAGCUGGUCUGCCCCAUCCCCACCAUCCACUUCAGACCUGUAGAGAACCGCAAGAAGAUCGCCAAGAGUAUGUACUCCUGUCCUUGCUACUACUUCCCGGUGCGUUCCGGGGGGGCGGGGCGGCCCUCCUUCGUGGUGGCGGUGGACCUCAAGUCUGGAGCCGUGCCGUACGAUCACUGGGUCAAGAGAGGCACCGCCCUGCUGAUGAGCCUGGACAGCUAGAGGCCUUCCCUGUGGAACACACACACACACAUCAGAUACACACUGAAACAGACACACACACACAUCAGAUACACACUGAAACAGACACACACACACAUCAGAUACACACUGAAACAGACACACACACACAUCAGAUACACACUGAAACAGACACACACACACAUCAGAUACACACUGAAACAGACACACACACACAUCAGAUACACACUGAAACAGACACACACACACAUCAGAUACACACUGAAACAGACACACACACACAUCAGAUACACACUGAAACAGACACACACACACACAUCAGAUACACACUGAAACAGACACACACACACAUCAGAUACACACUGAAACAGACACACACACACAUCAGAUACACACUGAAACAGACACACACACACAUCAGAUACACACUGAAACAGACACACACACACUGAAACAGACACACAAACACAUCAGAUACAAACACACAUCAGAUUCACACACUGAAACAGACACACACACACAUCAGAUACAAACACACAUCAGAUUCACACACUGAAACACAAACAUGCAUCAUACACACACACAGAAAACGCAACACACACACACUCAAACACGUGUUUUGAUGCCUUCCACUGUCUUAAAAGCUCAUAGAACUGCACUUUGUAAAUAACUUCUUAAAAUAAACACAUAAUUAUUUGGUGUGAUUCCAUGUAAAGGGAUUUCGAUUAUUCACCCACUCUGAGGU